AUGGCUGGAGACAAGGAUAAGCGCAGUCGUGGCCAGGGUCGAGGAGGUCAAGGGCAGUCCCGCGACGUGCAAAUUUCCAAGGCACUGAGUCUGCUACUUCGACAUGCAGCCGAGAAAGAAGGACUCAAAAUGAACGCGCAGGGCUACGCAAACGUGGCAGAUGUGCUACAAUGGCGGAAGCUGAAAUCCAUCAAAUGCACCUUCGACGAGAUCAAACAUGCCGUUGACUCCUCCGACAAAAAGCGCUUCGCUCUGCUCCAUAUCCCUUCCUCGCAGCCUUCCGAAUCUACAACAAAAGCGACUACAACACCCGGAUCAGAAUCCGCCCAGGAAAGCGAGUCUGUUGGCAAUGCCGCCGUCCUGGAAACACCUAUCACAAGCGAAGAACAAGCCGAUACAACGCAACAGGCACUUUCCGCGAACGAUGCCAACCCAGCUAACUACCUCAUUCGUGCAUCGCAGGGCCACAGUAUCAAAAGUGUGGACGCGGCUUCAUUCCUUGAACCCCUUUCUCUGGACGAUGAAUCUAAGCUUCCGGAGACGGUAGUGCACGGAACUUUCUAUGGUUCAUGGCCACUAAUCCUACAGUCGGGUGGUCUGCGCUGCAUGAAUCGUAACCACGUGCACUUCGCGACGGGUCCAUCCGUCGAAUCCGUGCUUGCGGCUCAGCAGGAGGAUAAAGAGUCUUCGCAGGGACGCGCAGACAAGACUGUGAUUUCGGGGAUGCGUUGGGAUGCACAAGUUUUGAUCUACAUUGAUCUUCGCAAAGCGCUGAAAGCUGGAUGUCCUUUCUGGCGCAGUGAGAAUGGGGUCAUCCUGAGUGAGGGAUUGCCGGUUUCUGGCGCUGGAGAUGAUGCAGCUGGGAAUGCGCAGAGAGUUGUGCCGGUGGACUUCUUUGAUGUUGUGGUUGAGCGGAAGGCUCAGAUGGGCAAGAUUUGGGAGAAGGGGCAGGUCUUACAAGAGUUGCCGGCUCAUUUGAUGAACAAGGGGACGCCGAAGAAUAAACGGUGA